UAUAUAAAGAGGCAAGACGGAGCUGAGAAGACACAGUGGACCGUUAACUCAGAGACGUGACAACUCCCAGAGGACCAACCAGCCUUCAGUUUAUUACAGUUCGCAUAGAUGGAGACCAUGAAAAGUGCGAGGACAAAUGAUGCAGGGGACGUCGGCAGGGAUUUAUCGGAGCAGAUUAAAGCCGCCACUAAGGACAUUCAUGUCAGAGCUGAAAACACACAGCUGAUGCUGAGUUACCAGAAGGGGCAGAUCAGCCUGCCACAGUACAAGCUCCUGCUGUGCUCCCUCUACGAGAUCUACAAAGUGCUGGAAGAGGAGCUGGACAGAAACUCUUCCCAUCCAGCUGUGGCACCGAUAUACUUCCCUCAGGAACUCGCCCGUCUGGAAACACUGGAAAGAGAUCUGGAGCAUUUCUUUGGCUCAGACUGGAGGAAGUGUGUGAUUGUUCCCGCAGCCACGCACAGAUAUGAACAGAGACUACGGAAGAUUGGCGCAGAGAGCCCAGAGCUGCUGGUGGCCCACGCCUACACUCGUUAUCUCGGUGACCUAUCGGGAGGUCAAGUGCUGGGAAAAAUCACCCAGAAGUCUCUCGGGCUGAGCAGCAAAGAGGGGCUUUCGUUCUUCUCCUUCCCCGGCGUGAACAGCCCCCACCGCUUCAAGCAGCUGUACAGGAGCCGGAUGAACAGCAUCGAGCUGACGGAGGAGGAGAGGGCGGCGCUGCUGGAGGAGGCCGUCGCCGCAUUCGAGUUCAACAUUGAGGUUUUCGAUGACUUGCAGAAAAUGUUGAGUGUCGCAACAGAAACAGCGGACCAAUCCGAGGGCAAUGUUGUCAAAACUUCCAUGUUCCCAUCUUUACCCAGCAUGCAGUUCACCGUGGGAUUAUGCAUUGCACUAACCACUAUUGGAAUGGGAAUCUAUGCCUUGUAGACUCUACCGGCACAAUUUAUACGCACAUUCAGCACUUUACAGAACAUGGCCAGUACUCCCUCAGAAGUUGUGCUGUACAUAUAUGGAUCACCAAAGUACAUCAAGAGCUUGUUAUCACAUUUAAUUCAUGUCUAAUCAGUCAACGUAUUUUCUUUUUCCUUGUACUAUUGUUUGUUUUUCUGCUAAUCUUUCUGUGCAUUUUGUUUUUUAUUUGCCUUUUUCUAAAUUAGGUUAGCGGUUUUCUUUUGGGACAUUAUGCUAAUUUUCAGGUUCAAACUUGCAUUUUGAGUUUCUACUACAACAUAUUUUAAUGCUUUAAUGUUCAAAGUGCCAUCUCUUUGUUCUCAAGCUGUUGGAGACUCAGAUGGGGGGGGGGGUCCUGCAUGCGAGAAAUCGGAAAUUUGUUGAAUCACGUUUUCUGAUCAAAGCAGCCCACAAAAAACAGAUUAUUUUUGGGCUGGUUGGCACCCCAGGACCCACAUGUAUGUGCAGAAACACUGAAAGUGAGUUUUUCAUAAUAUGUCCCCUUUAAGUUGAGUCUGUUGCAUAAAACCUCUCCUGUAACAUUUAGUUUUUUAAUAUUGAUUUUAUGCAGUCAAAUCUUUUUAUCUAAACUUUAAAUCACAACUGAAACAAUGAUUCUGAACGGUCCUACACUGUAAACACUGUUUUAAGGAUUUUUUUGUUGAAUAAAAAGAUCAGAAUAUGAAAA